AUGGCGAGAGUGGAGCUGCAAGUGGAGCCAUGGCAAGAACACGUGGUCCAAGUGAUGGUGCUGCUGAGCUUCACGACGCAGCUAGUGCUUCUCGUGCUGGCGGAGUUCCGCCGGCGCAUGGACUCCGGUGUGCUGAGGGCCGUGAUAUGGUCGGCCUACAUGAUGGCCGACUCGACCGCGACUUACACCCUCGGACACCUCUCCUUGACGAGCAGGUCAGCCGACCACCAGCUGAUGGCGUUUUGGGCGCCCUUCCUGCUGCUGCACCUCGGCGGGGAGGACAACAUCACUGCCUACGCCAUCGAGGACAACCGGCUGUGGCUGCGGCAUCUGCAGGCUCUCGCCGUGCAGGUCGCUGCCGCUGCCUACGUCCUAUACGAGUCCACUGUCGUCGGCACCCAGGCCCUGCUCCGGAGUGCUGCUGUCCUUGUGUUCGUGCUGGGGGUUGUCAAGUAUGGGGAGAGGGUGUGGGCGCUCAAGCGUGCCGACAUUAGCUCGUCGGGCAGCAAAUACCGGUUCUACCAGGACCUGACCGAUACUCAGAUUGGACCUCCUACAGACCAGCGAGACGACACGGAGGACCUGCUGCGGAUAGCCCACCUUCUUUUGGAUGUUCCAAAGGAAAUGUUUGAAGGGCCGUUGCCCGUCGUAGUGGUACCCGCACACCUAUGCGGUGAUGUCCACGCCAAGACGACCAUCUACACGGAUGAGCUGUACAAGGUGGUGGAGAUGCAGCUCAGCCUGAUGCACGACGUCGUGUACAGCAAGGCCGUGGUGAUCCACACAUGGUAUGGCAUCUGUAUCCGCAUCAUUUCUCCGGUGUUCACCGCCGUCGCGUUCGAGCUAUUCCACAAGUCGGGUGCGGGUGACCACCACCAUAGCAGAGCUGACGUUGUCAUCACUUAUAUUCUGCUAAGUGGGGCGGUUAUGCUGGAGUUGGUUUCGGUGCUAAGGGCCAUGUUCUCGAGAUGGCCAAGCCUGGUACUAUGGAAACUGGCCUACAAUGCCGCCGGAAAAGAAAGGCGCGUGUGGGGUUUGCUUGCCCGUGCAAUCGCGUCUAUCCGCCGGUUCAUCCUUCCAUUGAGGUACACGUCGAGAUGGUGGUGGUCGGACUCUAUGGGGCAGCACAACAUUUUUGAAUUGUGCGUUCGCAGCAGGGCCAGCCAAGGAAGCAGGAUCGCGGGCAGGAUGGGGGUCGAGGCCGGACUGGUGGAACACGAUGGUCUACUCAUGGUCCAUCCCUGUAUCCACAACUAUUAA